UCAGUGAGCUUUCCGGGUCUGUGACGGCCUUCGGCUCCGCCCCCUCGACGGCCAUAAAAAGUCGCAGCGAAGCCUGCACCUCUGAGCACCGCGCGCGGCCCUGCCCCCGGCACGGCCCCCAGGUGCGCUCCUUCUCCGGCUGCUUGUAGCACUGGUCUCACUGUCCCCGCCGUCAGCCACCGAUUCCUUGUCCGUCUCAUUCCCCAUUGUGGCUUGGCUGAGCCCGUCGCCAGGCCUCGCUGUCCUCCUCCUUUGCCUUCCUCUCUCCUCAGAGGCCGUACUUUGCGCCAUACCUCACCUGGCCUGCAGGAUGAAGAACCCCAUGCUGGAGGUGGUGUCUUUACUACUGGAGAAGCUGCUCCUCAUCUCCAACUUCACGCUCUUUAGUUCGGGAUCCGCGGGCGAAGACAAAGGGAGGAACAGUUUUUAUGAAACCAGCUCUUUCCACCGAGGCGACGUGCUGGAGGUGCCCCGGACCCACCUGACCCACUAUGGCAUCUACCUAGGAGACAACCGUGUUGCCCACAUGAUGCCCGACAUCCUGUUGGCCCUGACAGACAACAUGGGGCGCACGCAGAAGGUGGUCUCCAACAAGCGUCUCAUCCUGGGCGUCAUUGUCAAAGUGGCCAGCAUCCGCGUGGACACAGUGGAGGACUUCGCCUACGGAGCUAACAUCCUGGUCAAUCACCUGGACGAGUCACUCCAGAAGAAGGCACUGCUCAACGAGGAGGUGGCGCGGAGGGCUGAGAAGCUGCUGGGCUUUACCCCCUACAGCCUGCUGUGGAACAACUGCGAGCACUUCGUGACCUACUGCAGAUAUGGCACCCCCAUCAGUCCCCAGUCCGACAAGUUUUGUGAGACUGUGAAGAUAAUUAUUCGUGAUCAGAGAAGUGUUCUUGCUUCAGCAGUCUUGGGAUUGGUGUCUAUAGUCUGUACGGGCUUGGUAUCAUACACUACCCUUCCUGCAAUUUGUAUUCCAUUCUUCCUAUGGAUGGCUGGCUAACUUCAUACCCCCAUGUCAGUGUGUGUAUUCUGUAUGUAAAUAUGUUUAUAUUUAUAGAGCAUCAAUCAGUAUAAGCAUUAUUGAGAAAAAUGUGACCUGUAGCACUGUGUUCUGGAUAAAAAUGUGAUUAGGAAUCACGCAAAGUGCUUACUGUGUAAGCCCAAGAACAAAGGCUUUCUGAAUCUUCUCAGGCAGUUCAGAUUUAAAGUUCCAAGUUCAUCCAAACCUUGGAAAUACGACAGGUUGUGGUAGAAUUCAGCAAUAUGAGAAAACCAGCCCCUAAGAUGAUAGCCGCAAGAGAUUAAUUGUGUUAUUUUUUUUCUCCUGUAAUCCUUGUACUGUUAGGCUGAAUUUGAAGAUUGGAAGACUUACAUUGAGACCAGUAACUUUACUGUAAAUUUACUUUGUUUCAUUGAAAAAACAAAUUGAUAGACUUAUACUAAACUGGAAGAAUUUUCCUUAUUCAAAUGAAAACAUAUUUGAUAACUGGUCAAAAAAUAAGCUCAUAAUCUAUUUUUUUCAUGUAGUAUAUAAGUCAAGAAUGUUUUAUUGUCAUUAUGUGAAACCAAUAUUGGCAAACAGUACUUUAAUGAUAAAGUAAAUGACCAGAAAUUAUAGAAAUCUGUGUUUUCCAGUAAAAAUAGCACUGUAGUAUCACUUGAACGAUUCGACUUGGCUUUAGUUACUAGGACGCCUGGAAUUCAUUAUUUUUUUCCUUUUAUGUGCCACUGUGGCUACUUUAAAUCACUCUGAGAGGUAAAUGGAUAUAGGAUUGAAGUUAUGUGGGUAUUUGGCAUGUGUGUGUGAAGUAAAUAUGUAGAUAGUCACAUAUACACAGAUUGAGAGACAAAUUGUUCUUGAUUGCUUUAUUAUCAUAAUACUAGUGUGUUCAUUAUAGAGUAUCUGUAGAGGUGAAUGUAAAAGUAAGUCCAAUCUAUUUUCUUAUGUCCUUGAAUUUGUAGUGUUAACUUGCAUAUAUGUUAUUGGAUGGGUUUUCUUUUAAAGCAUUUACUAAUGUACUCUGAAAUUUUUAAAAGCCUUCAGAUUUGUUUUCUAGUCACUUUUCUCCAUAUCAUUUCUAAUUAUAGUUUAUAUCCUUAAAAGAAGGAUGCCACAGUAUUAUGUAAAACCCAAACAAGUAGAACCCAAGCGAAUAAAAUUAUUUAAAAUAAUUUUAAAGUGGCUUAGUACUGCCAGUCAUGUAAAUUGAUUUUGCUGAGGGUCUUGUAAGAAUUGAGUUAUAACAAUGGUAAAACAAGCAUUCAAGCACUUUUACAAAAUUACCAAAUGCUUAAAAUGAAGCCACAGCUAGGCUUGCAUUUCAGGUAUUAAAAUUGCUUUCUUAACUGUCAAGAAUCACAAAAUAACAAAUCAUAUUAUGAGUGAAUAUGGGGAGGGCGGGGCCAAUCGAUCAAUGAUAAUCUGAACAAAUUUUAAGAGCAGAUUUUAGAUUAAAUAAUGUUUUAUCACCACUAAUUUGCCCACAACAAACUUAGUGUUUAAUUUUUCAAAUUAAAUAUUAAAUUAUUUAAGUAUUUUAAAUAAUUAAAAUAUUAAAUGGCAACACCACAGAAUAUAGGUGUUCUCUGAACCUAUUCCAAUCACUUAAAAUUAUCUUAAGUAUGCAUACAUAAAAGCAACCACUAUGAGAACUACUGUGUUAGUGGUUUUUCACUUACUGUGUAUUACCCUUGUAGGAAUAGUUUAAGGAAAUUCAUUUCUUAAAAAUAUAGUAUCCUCAAAUAAUUAAAUUUUUUUGCAAACUUUAGUUAUUACAGGCAGCAAAAACCACUGUCUGAAACUAAAUCUGUGUUCAAAGAUAAAGACCCCUCAUUAAAAGCCAAGGACAUUCUUAAGAUUGGAACUGACAUAAUUAGUCUUGACUUACUUCAUUAAAGCAAGAUUCAAUUCCUUGUUCAUUAGAGUGUUCAUUAUAUGCCAGGCAUUGACCAGUUGCAAUUUUAUGGUCCAGAAUUAAUAUUAUUAUUUGUAAACUAGCUAUAAUAGAGUAUAUACAGUGCUGUGGGAAUACAGGGGAAGAAGCAAUUAAAUCUGCUAGAAGGGUAAGAGAAAUCUAUAUGCAGGAGGCAAUGCUAGCAUUAAGCCAAGAAAUAGUGUGAGGUGAUCUUAUCACACUGAUGUGUUCAACUGUUUAUGGGAAAAGGAAACUAGGAUGGUUUUAUUUGUGAAAGGUUCUACAACACUAGAACUGUUGAACUUCUUGGGAGAAAAGGAGAGUCUUUGUUUUGUUGUGCUGAGUUUGAUUAGUUGCUUAACAAAGUAGAAAGAAAAGCACAUCUUCCUGAUCACAGUUAUAAAAGAAACCCUGAGGCUGGAUGCAGUGGCUCAAGCCUGUAAUCCCAGCACUUUGGGAGGCCGAGGAGGGAGGAUCAUGAGGUCAGGAGAUCAAGACCAUCCUGGCUAACACGGUGAAACCCCAUCUCUACUAAAAAUACAAAAAUAGCUGGGCGUGGUGGCCAGUGCCUGUAGUCCCAGCUACUCAUGAGGUUGAGGCAGGAGAAUGGCGGGAACCCAGGAGGCGGAGCUUGCAGUGAGUGGAGAUUGCGCCACUGCACUCCAGCCUGGGCAACAGAGCGAGACUCCGUCUCAAAAAAAAAAAAAAAAAGGCCGGGCGCGGUGGCUCACGCUUGUAAUCCCAGCACUUUGGGAGGCCGAGGCGGGCGGAUCACGAGGUCAGGAGAUCGAGACCACGGUGAAACCCCGUCUCUACUAAAAAUACAAAAAAAUUAGCCGGGUGUAGUGGCGGGCGCCUGUAGUCCCAGCUACUCGGAGAGGCUGAGGCAGGAGAAUGGCGUGAACCCGGGAGGCGGAGCUUGCAGUGAGCCGAGGGGGCGCCACUGCACUCCAGCCUGGGCGACAGAGCAAGACUCCGUCUCAAAAAAAAAAAAAAAAAAAAAAAAAAAAAAAAAAAAAAGAAGAAACCCUGAGCCAUUAAUGUGUCUCAUAACUUGAGGAAGUUCACAAAUUUCUCUGGGCUUCAUCCGUUAAGAUUCAUCCUUAUGCUCCUCCAAGUCUCUUAUAUUUAUGUAUUUCUAUUCUGAUUUCUGAAAUGAUAACCUAGUAGUGUCUGAUGAAGUUUUUUCAUGCUUAUUUUAUUCUUUGUCAUAGAUGAAGGAAGAAUAGGACUAACUGGGGCUAAGAUGAAUUCAUGUGUCAGAUACUAGGCAGGUGUUAGGGAUGAAAUGAUUAAUGAGGCAUGGACUUGUUCCUCAGAGUUUAUGGCCGAGUAGACAUAACUGUAUUAGAACUUUCUGCAGUUGACAUUUGCAUAAAGCUGACUGACUGAAGGAACAGAAAGUGAGACGGUUGAUUUUAACAGAUAUGACCAAAUUUAUACAAACCAUGUACCAACACUUGAAAGAUGGGUGGAUAUUUUCCAGGAAACAGAUUUCGGGCAGGACAUUCCAUGCACUGGAAAUAACAUGAGCAAAUGCAUGAAAAUUGCCUACAACAUGCCUGGCACAUAGCUGUGAGGUACCCUACGAGUUGUUGACUUGAAAACAUGGAACUGCACAGGGCAUUCAGGCAAGUGCAAGUGGUUCAGGGGCCAGGGCAGAGCAGGAGUGCUGAGUAAAGAUGUCAGAAAAGGAAAGCAAUGGUCUGGUACAAGUCUUGUGUAGAACAAGAAGUUUAGACUUUUGAACAGGCAAUCGAGAUUUGGGGUUCAGAAAGAUAAAUCCUAAAAGUAUGGAGGACAAAGGGAUUCAUUUUAAAGGACUAGCUAAGAUGCUCAAUCUCUAAAAAAAAAAAGAUCUGUAAUCGUGAGAGUAGAGAGAAAGGUUGUUAAGGAAGAGUCAACAGACUUUAGCAAAAUCCUUUUAUUUGAUUCAUGCAUAACUCUUGAUGGAGUGUCAAAGAAGACUCAUUCACUUUUCUUUCCUGCCAGAAAGUUGGUUCUUGCAAAAUAGAUUAACUUGAUGACUAUGUGUAUAUUGGAUACUCCUAAUUUUAGCUCUGUUAGAUAUGUUUCUUUCUAAGGACAAGCAACUAUGUAUAGAUUUGUUGUUUAAAUUUUUUUUCAGUAUAUAUAUGUUUCUUGUUUUUCUAUUUUUCUGCUUCAUACUGUUAAUGUCAAAUAUCAAAAAUGUUUUCCAGUAAUAUCAAGUUAUGGCAAUGGCAAAAGUCCUUGUUGUAGAUGAGAAGCAUAUAAAAAAUGGUUGCCAAUCUUUGUUUUGUAUGAUCUAUUUAGAGUUUUAACCAACCUAGAUCUGUCAGCUAAGCUAAUUUUAUAUUUGGUAUACAUGCAUGUCAAAUAAAGUUAAUUUUACAUACUA